AUGUCCCUGAAAAAAUUCGUAAACUGCACAAACGAUUUAGACGAUUUUGAGAAGAUUCAAGCAGAAGCGCGGGCUGAAGAAUUAGAGUCCAUAUGGCAACAAGUAAAAAGGGCACUUGUUCAUGAAUUUGAAAAUUCUCGUGACGAUUGCGCCGAAGUUCCCAAAUGGCAAGAAUUUGAUAAGUUUUUGACCCACAAAUUUAAGACCCUAGAAUCAGUAAGCAAUAUUAAAUCGGCAAAGGACAAAUCCAUAACGCCCAAGUCUGAAGUCGCGAAAAAUACCCAAAAUAAGAGGAAUGCAACGGUGACCCAGCCUACAAGCUUGCCACAAAAUAACGCUGACGAGCAACCAACCACAAGUGCCGCAGCGAGAGCCCAAAACAUACAGUCCACUACAAGAUCAGGUAUUCCAAACCUCACGUCCCUGACCCUACGCAAAAAUAGCCAAUCGUCGACAAAUCGUACAGAACAAGAAACGUUGCUUUUCACUGCCAUUGUCGAAAUAGAAACUAGAGGUCAAAGAUACCAGGCAAGAGCUAUCAUCGACCCUGGAUCACAAUCAACAUUUGUAUCGGACAAACUAAAAAAUCGAUUGAAACUACCCACAAAAAGAAAUGUAGUUCACGUUACUGGUUUGAGUCAAACAGUUUCAGAAACCUCAACCAAAGCAUGUUUACUUAACCUUUGCUCACGGGUGGACACAUCGUUUAAGUUAGAAGUUUGGGCCCCAGUUCUUAAGACCCUUCCCUCUAAUUUACCACCUCAAACGUUAGACAUGAAAAACUUCAGUGAGACUGCAAAAUUGCAACUUGCAGACCCUCACUUCAAUCAAAGUAGACCCAUCGACUUGCUAAUAGGCCUCGACUUAGGCCCCUCAAUUUAUUGCAUGGACACACCGAUGAGGUCUAUGGAAUCCCUUUUGGCACAAAAAACCGUAUUUGGCUGGAUUGUGGGGGGACCAACUCCAAAAACUACUCAAGCCAGAACAACAAUUUCGUUAUUAAAUACAUCGUCCCUUGACCAAAUCCUCACACGCUUUUGGGAGGUGGAGGAAACCCCAAAACAGAUUUUGAGGUCAGACGAGGACACUAUUGUGGAACACAAUUUCAAACAAACAACACGUAGAAAUGAAACGGGAAGGUAUAUAGUUACCCUGCCCUUCAAAAAAACAGAAGAAAUAGGCUCUUCACGCAAUAUUGCUAUGGCUCAGUACCUAAGAAUGGAACGCAUGCUCAGCCAAAAACCCGAAAUAAAGCAAUUAUAUGACAAAGUUAUUUUAGAAUAUCUUGAGUUAGGACACAUGAGAAAAAUCGAAUCCUCGGAUAUAGAUAAAGCUCCAAAUUAUUAUCUGCCGCAUCACGCAAUAAUAAAACCAGAAAGAUUGACCACUAAACUUAGAGUGGUUUUCAAUGCCUCUAGCCCAACGUCAAAUAAGAAUAGUCUUAAUGACAUUUUAUAUCCAGGACCCAUUCUUCAGCAAGAUCUUGUUCUUCUGAUAGCAAAAUGGAGAUUUUUCCGCUUUGUAUUUAACGCAGACAUUACAAAAAUGUAUCGUCAAAUACUAAUCGACCCAACUCAAACAAAGUUUCAACGAAUCUUAUUCAGAAAAUCCACAAGUGACCCCAUCGAAGAUUACGAGCUUCUCACAGUCACAUUUGGAGUUAAUUGUGCUCCAUUUCUAGCCAUAAGAACGCUUUUGCAGUUAGCUGAAGAGGUGCAAAUGACACAUCCCUUAGCAUCCAAUAUUCUUAAACAAAAUAUGUAUGUGGAUGAUAUCUUAGCAGGGGGUCAUACAAUAGAAGAAGCUAUUAAAACAAGAAAAGAAUUAGCUUCUGUCUUAAAAUCAGCCGGUUUUGAUCUAAUGAAAUGGAACUCUAAUGAGCCAAAAGUCAUUCAGGAUUUACCUAGUGAGACUCUACUACCACUCGACUGGUUAAAUCUAUCCGAAAAUGACGGACCCAAGACUCUAGGGAUCAAAUGGAACAUUUCGUCAGACUCAUUCACAUUCAUUGCCCCAAACGUAGAAUUAAAAGAAACUUACACAAAAAGAGAAGUUUUAUCUACAAUCGCAAAAUUCUUUGACCCUUGUGGAUGGAUAGCUCCAGUAAUUGUUGCUGCCAAAUUAAUCAUGCAACAGAUUUGGUUAGAUAAAACCGACUGGGAUGACAACCUAAAACCAUUGACUUGUCAUAGAUGGCAGAGGUUCGUUAAAAACUGCACUGCAAUAAAUACAUUAAAAAUUCCUCGGUGGAUUCGGUAUAGCCCAAAACACAAUGUAGAAAUACAUGGGUUUAGCGACGCCUCAGAAAAAGCUUACUCUGCGACUCUUUAUGUCCGAAUACAGUCUGGAAAUUCUGUGUUUACCUUUUUACUGGCUUCUAAGACUCGUGUUGCUCCCAUUAAACAAAUAUCGCUACCACGUUUGGAGCUUUGUGGAUCCGUCUUACUGGCAAAUUUAGCCUCAGGAAUUCUGCCAAAUCUACAAGUUACAAAAAUCGACACUUACUUUUGGACCGACUCCACAAUAGUACUGGCCUGGUUAAGAAAACCGCCGUGCUCCUGGAAUACCUUCGUAGGGAAUCGCGUCUCAGAAAUCGUAGAUAAAAUUGGCAAUCGUCAAUGGCAACAUGUAGAAUCAAAAGAGAACACUGCAGACAUAGCCAGCCGGGGAUGUACGCCCAAAGAAUUAGAAACUCACAACUUAUGGUGGUCUGCACCCUCAUUGCCCAAAGAUAAAUGGCCAAAAUCCAGAAGUCCAGAUGACACACAUUUAGAAGCAAGAACGAUAAAGACGUUAACUACUACCACUCAGGAGGACCCAUUGAACCGUUUCUCCAAUUUACCACGCGCAUAUAGAGUUAUAGCUUAUGACCUACGAUUCUGGAAAAAUACUGGUGUAAGCAGAAUUCACCUUCGGAUAACUUCAACCGACGUUACAUCAGAAGAAAUAAUAGACGUCAAAACUCGACUCAUUAUUUUGACCCAAAAACAACACUUUCCAGACGAAUAUAAGCAGUUGAAACUCAAACAAAGGAUUUCUUCUACUAGCAGUAUUUUAACACUCAAUCCGUUCAUGGACCAAUUAGGUGUCAUCCGAGCCAACGGACGUCUGGUUCAAUCACCAGCGCUCACAUACAACGAACGACAUCCAAUUUUGUUGCCAUACAACUCUACGUUUUCCAGAUUGUUGACCGAAUUCACACACAAAAUAACGAUUCACGGUGGAAACCAACUUAUGCUCCGAGUACUUCGCACAGAAUUUUGGAUUUUUCGUUUAAAGCCCUUAAUAAAAACGGUUAUAAAUAACUGCAAACCAUGUGUACUUUAUAAAAAACAUACUCAAAGUCAGAUCAUGGCUUCCCUGCCACCUGAGCGAACAACAAUAUCGAGACCCUUUACAGUUACAGGUGUUGAUUACGCUGGACCCUUUGAUAUACGAAACUUCACGGGUCGAGCCUGCCUCAUCACAAAGGGCUAUGUCUGCCUCUUUAUUUGCUUUGCCACUAAAGCCGUACAUUUAGAGGCUGUAAGCGACCUAACAACUCAAGCCUUUUUGGCGGCAUUUGCUCGUUUUAUAGGUCGCCGAGGAUGUCCUGCCGUCAUAUACUCAGAUAAUGGGAAAAACUUCGUCGGAGCAGCAGAACUUUUAAAGAAAGAUCGUUUAGAAUUCCAAAAGACUCUUCAGAAUCAACUCAUUCAACAAUAUAGCCAUCAAAACAUCAAAUGGAAAUUCAUUCCUCCCGGGGCUCCACACAUGGGUGGACUCUGGGAAGCAGGCGUAAAGUCCUUUAAAACACACUUGAAAAAAUUAUUGCCUAAUAUAAAAGUCACGUUUGAAGAGUUAUCUACAAUUUUAGCCCGUAUAGAAUCUUGCCUGAAUUCUAGACCCCUAAGCCCUGCUAGCGAUGACCCUAACGACUUGACCCCAUUGACCCCUGGACACUUCCUCAUUGGUACUCCAUUACUGACCCCAGCUGAACUUGAUGUAAGCAGCGAAAGCUUGACUCUUGUCAACCGCUGGAAACGCCUUAAAAUUAUCUAUCAUCCCUUUUGCCAAAGAUGGAAAACUGAAUACCUUGGCGAACUCCAUAGAAGGUAUAAGUGGAAGUUUCCACAGGAAAACGUCAAAGUGAAUGAUCUAGUCGUUCUCAAAGACAACAAUUUACCGCCCAAUGAAUGGAAAUUAGUUAUGUCAUCUAUCAGAGACCCAGAAUGGAAAUGGUCAUGUGGACUAUGUAAGGAGGAUCAUGCACUAAGAACAUGUAAACGUUUUCUAAAGGCACGGGCUGAUGAGCGAUAUGACGUAGUCAUGUUUCAACGGUACUGCUUAAAUUGUCUCGCCCGUUCCCAUGACUUGAAGAACUGCCCAAAUGAAUAUGGAUGUCGAGUUUGCACAAAACGUCACAACACCCUAUUGCACGAUGCUCCACAACUAAGAAAGUCCUACGAUCUUAAGCAGCCUCAACCCACACCCAUUUACAAAAAAUCGGAGAUCAAACGAGUAACCUCCACCACAACCAAAUCACAAAUGACCCAAACAACAUCAAUUGACCCCGUGACCUGGCCCAACGUGUUUUUACCAACUGCUACCGUACGAAUCGCCCCCAAAGAAAAGUCGGACAACUGGUCAUCUGUAAGAGCUUUGCUCACCCAGUCACUCAGCAUUUCACGAAUUGCGGUAUCUACAGUGAAAAGACUCAACCUGUCGUCAAUUGAUAAGAACGGAACUCGAUUCGCUCAAUUUCAUAUGAAAGCUCGUAAUAACCGGUCAAAAUUUUGUAAAAGGCUACUAGCUCUCAUAACAGAAGAUUUACCCCGUCGACCCUAUUCAGCUCCUAUCAAGGACAAUCCAUACGAGGAAUUUACAGAGGACACCCUUGCCGACAUGGACCCUCAAGCCAACAGCCAAAUUGAAUUGGAAUUGGUAUGUGAUGUGUUUCCGUUUAUACGCCGCGAUGGAGCCAUUGAAUUGGAAAUGGGAAAUGUGGUUGCUACGAAGACAGCUUUAGGUUACACCUUUGCAGGACCCACUGAUGUCUUGUACUAA